UCCAGCGGACUGAAAUCAAUCGAUCGUUCGAGGGCAAGUGGAGGAGCGCCAUGGAGAACUACGAGCUCGACUACGACGUGCAAGAGGUACGCCUGGGAAGUCAUGUCUUCAAGGUCACCACGGUUGCCAACGAGGCCUUGCCGCUCGAGAUGUUGUUGAGUUUACAAACAAGAAGCGAGGAAAUCAGCGGACAGCGGCUGUGGGAAGGUUCUCUGUUGCUGUGCGCUUACCUUGUCGAGGCCUGCCGCAACGAGGACAGCAUCAGCAGCGCCGGUGACUGCCGUCGAGGGAUGGGAAAACCAAAGCUGGACUUGCAAGGCAAAUCCGUGUUAGAGCUUGGAGCAGGGACGGGGAUUGUCGGCAUGCUCGCCGCUAAACUCGGCGCACAGACGCUGAUCCUUACCGACGGCGAUGACAAGUGCGUGGCAAUGGCACAGAAAAACAUCAAAGACAACGACGUGCCGUUUGACCAAGCGCUCGUCGCGGCCCUUCGGUGGGGAGAAGAAGAAUCGACUACAAAAUUUUGUAAAUAUUUUUCUGAGUGGGAUUCCCGGCGGGUCAUCGGAACGGGAAGCGGCGGGAAGAACGGGGUAGCUUCAGCAGCCGGGCCCGCCAAAUCCUUAGCAGCGGGGGCACAAGACAAGACGUCGGUGCCAGACGACGUGGCUGUUUGCACUCAUGGUCACUCCCCCAUCGCAAGUAGUGGAAACGGCCAUCUCAACGAAGAUCCCGCUAGCACAUCUUGUGGAGGACAAGAUAGAAACGUGGGGCCGCCGCCACCGCCGCCAGACAGUCUACCAUCAUCGCCAUCGCCGUUGAAGUCGUUCGAUUUCAUUCUGGCGGGGGAUGUGCUCUACAAGCACAGCCUCCUAGAACCGUUCCUUGGAACGGUCCGAGACAUGCUGGCGGCGGGCGGUCGAAUGCUCCUGUGCCACGUCCCGAGAGCCGGCGUGACGUACGACAUCGUCGAGCGGGCGUUUGCCCAAGCAGGGUUCGAGUUUGAGAUCCUGAACGGCGACAACAAGAAGGAGGAAAAUACGGGGCACAGCAGCGGCGGCGAGGGUGGGGGAAAGGAUGUCGGCCGGGCGGAUGCACGGAAAGAAGGGGAAGCAGGGGGUCAUUGUGAUACUCCAGAUGUCGGGGGGAUCGAGCUGUGUGUAGACGACGCGCGGCGAGCUCGGUUGUACGAGUUGCAUUCUGUCGACCUGGCGUUUGCAACGUAAUCCCACCGCCGUGUGUUUCUUACCAAGUUUUCUAACUACAAUUGUGGGAGUCUCUCGUGAACGUUGGAUGUUCACACUUGUCUGAACUAGGGUUGACAAGUGAUACUAUCGUGUGUAGUGUGCGUUCGGGUCUUCUCUCGUUUUACUCGGCGUGUGCUUUUGUUGAUGUCGAAGUUCGUUCCUCCUAACGGGUGCGUUUGGUACAUCCGGCU